GAAGUGAACGGUUCGUUCCGUUGUUGAUCGCAAAAUUAUUAAAAGAAAUAGAAGAUAAAGUGAUCGAAAUAGAGAGGAUCCAAAAUUUUGUGAUAAGAGUGGUGCAAAAAUUUUUGAAAAAUUAUUUUGAAAAGAAAAAUAUUUCCAAGAAUAAUUUCAGAAGAAAAAGCAUUAAUAAUGAUAUUUGGUCUUAUCUCUAGUACUUUUCAUACAAUAUUGAAUAAUUUAUACUAUGCGUAUGUGUAUCAGUGACUCUGUGAUAUUACCAAAUUGAUUACAACAAGACAUUUUUAAUUCAAAAGGAAAAAAGAUAGAUACAGUAACGUGUGGUGAAAAGAAGAUAGGAAACCAAAAUAACAACAUCAACUAAAGAAAUAUUAUUAUAACAUUUUCAAGAAGUUGUGCCCCGUCUGUCGAUGAUAAGCUGAACGACGGAGCAAGCAAUACGAGUAACCAGCGCGACAAGAAAUAACCACCCAAGAAAGAAGCAAAAAAAACUAAACUUUAUUUUUCGCGCAUAUUUUAAGUGAAAUCUCUUCAAACAUUUGUGUAAGACUGUGCAUGGUGAGACGGUUAUUUUGUAUAUGUAUAUAUGAUAUUUAUUCGUUUGGAAAUUGUUGUAUAUGGUUUUACUGCCGUUUUUCACUUAAAGAUCUGUUGAUGUUUUCCAAUUUCCAUAAGAAUAUAUGGAUUGACAAUUUUUUUAUAAAUAUCUUGUAGUGUUUCGUUGUGAAUUAUCUACGUCUUUCUACUCGAAUACGCAAAAAUAUCUUUGCAAUUUCACUAUCGAUACUGGGAUUGUAAAAGUGCAAGAAAAAAGAACUAAACUAAAUCAAAGAAAAAUAGUGAUAAUUAAAGAAAGUUAAUUUGAAAUCAACGCAUUUGUAUCGGUAGAGGUUUUUCAAAAUAAGUGGAAAAUUGUUUAAAUAAUCAAAGAAGAAACACAACAAACAUGAUGGAUUACGAUAAAAUGUAUUUUACGAAGACAGAGAUGUCUCAAACAGUGCCAGCCAGUGGUAACAACAAUAACAUCCUUCAAUACUCAACAGAUGCUUAUGCAGACAGUUUUGAUCUCUCCCUACUACCAAGUGACAGUGAGGUGCCAUUAAGUCCACAAUCCGAAUUGAAUGCUCAAUCGCCUCAGAUUUCCUUGGACUAUAUUCCCGCCACAAUAUAUCACGAUGUUCCCAUGAAAGUGGAGAAACCCUGGAAUGAGAACGAAUCAAUCAGAAGUGUACCAGAUGUUUCCAAUGAUCAUCAGCAACAACAGACAUCAGUACUACUGCAGCAACUUCAAAAACACUAUCAACUCUAUCCAUCCCCGCUGCCUAGUCCACCGCAAGAGAAUUGUUUCAAUACAACCGUCUAUCCACCGUCACCCUGCCCGUCCAUUGAUCAUAAUUUGACAAGCUUCACAAUAAAGCAGGAAUAUCACAAUUUACCACCUUCACCACCCGAUUCGAACGGUGCCCCAUCUCCAUAUUGUGAGAUCAAAAGUGAACCUGAUACUGAUUCCGAGACAACCCUCAUUGACAUCAAUUCACUUCUGGAGAAAACUUUGAGUGAUUGCGAACAGGAUCAGAAGUGUACUCAGCAACAAGCUCCACAAGAUCAUCAACUUCUUAGAGAGUAUCUGCAAGAUACUUCGUUUCAGAAGAAGCAUAAUUUGAAACCUUUGGCACUGGAGUCCUUGAUCGGUGGAUUUGGCGAACGUGGCGAUAUCGAGCCAUUCAUUUCGUUGGCCCUGGAGGAUGCUAAGCGUGAUGCUCAGGCUAUUUGUGCAUCGUUGCAGAUAUCACCAGAUCCAAAACAGUGGACAACAGCUCAAGUACAUGCAUGGAUUCGAUCCACCAUUGAACAAUUUAAAUUGCCUCCAAUCGAAGAACUUGAAAUGAAAUUCCCCGAAGACGGUGCCGCCUUGUCAUGUUUAACCCAAGACGAAUUCCAUCGCAGGGCAUCCGAGGCUGGUACAACAAUACAUGCACAAUUGGAGAUAUGGAAACUGGCUUGCUCUGACAAUUUUUCAUCAUUAUCAGGACCUUCAACAUCACAAGGUACUUCCGGUUGGACAGCAGAAUUAGGCCACAGUGCUGAUAUAUCUGAUGAUGAAGACGAAGACAUGGAACCACCCCAACUUCCAUCACCUGGCGCAUCAUCCCUCCCAUCAACUCUGAACACCAAACCCAGCGGCCGAACCGGUGGUUCUCACAUCCACCUUUGGCAAUUCCUUAAGGAACUUCUGGCUUCACCUCAACACCAUGGCACCGCAAUACGUUGGUUGGAUCGCAGUAAAGGCGUAUUCAAAAUCGAGGAUAGUGUUCGUGUUGCGAAACUCUGGGGCCGCAGGAAAAACAGACCCGCAAUGAACUACGAUAAAUUAUCACGAUCAAUUCGACAAUACUACAAAAAAGGAAUCAUGAAGAAAACAGAAAGAUCACAACGUCUGGUCUACCAGUUUUGUCAUCCGUACAAUUUGUAAUCAUAGGCUGAAGGCUUGAUCUGUAGAUUUAAGUUAAUUUAUAGUAGUAUCUUAGUGGAGUGUACUCUAUGUGUGAAUGUGUGUGAUUGUUACGUUUAUUGAAUGCGCGCGCGUAACUUUAAACAUUUCCUUUAAACGUUUGCUUGAUACAACACAUAAAUUUCCAAUAUUUAAAAAUAUUGCAAAUGACAAAGGUCCAUAAUCAAAAAUUUUCCAAAAAUUUUGAAACAAGCAAAACAAAUUCUUAUCACUCUUCGGCAUUUUACAUGAAUGCUACCAGACCGUGAUAGAAUCCAAAGUAUUGCCAAAAAUUUCUAUUUAGAUUUAAUCAACUCAUUUCCUUUUUAAAUCUUUUUUGUACAUAAAAAAAAAUGCAUUUCUCGGAAAAUUUCGUUUUUAGAUUUUUCUUUGCACUCUUGUAUGUAUCCUGUAAAAUUUUCGGGCUGACUUCAGUUAGAAGCGGCUCGGAAACUAUUCUGUAGCUCAGUAAGGACUUUGUCAGCACCCGUCGAAGGUAAUUUCGAGGAUGCAACAAAUCCGAGCACUCAAUAGCGACGAUACAUAGACAAGUAGUAGCCAUUGCACACAAAUCAAAACAAAAUUUUUAAUUUUUAGUUUUUACACUUUGUAAAAAUAUCUCUUUAAUUAUCAUUUCAUCUUUUUUAUUUUUUGAAUUUUAGUUUCUUUGAAUGCAUUAUUUUUUUUUUUUUUAAUUUUUUUUUGUAAUUUUUAAUGAAUUGACUUACCAAUCCACAGUAAGAAAGGUCGAGACCAUGACAUUGACCACCCAAACGGCCGCCCGGCCAUUAGUUAAAUGGGUCGUGAGCUUAAGUCCUUUUGCGGAGGCCGGUCUGGAACUCCCUUUCAGUAGUGGUGCGGUAAUUUUGGUCCCAUAUAUCUAUGAUAUAUUUAUAAGUAAGUUCUAUGAACAAACAAAACAAACAAACAAAAUGAAGGAAACGAAUGAACAUUUUCAAAAUACAUGUAUUCAGUGAGGAGAAAGGAGAAAGCGGAAGAGCCAGAAUUGUCGAAUCAAAGAUCAAAUCACUAUCAAUGACAGCGAAACGCUAUGACAAAAGUACUUUAAUGACUAUUUUAUCCACUAAAAUAAUAUUUAAAGCUAAACAUAAAACAUAUAUGCAACAUGUUGCCUUUAAGUGAUUAGGUUAAGGCAGAACUUCCAAGUGAGAAAUAGGCUCCACUAGGAAAAAUUCUACGAAAAAAUUUGAGCUCAUUUUCGAAUUUUUCCCAUUUGACCCUAUUUCAACCAUUUUGCAUGAAAUUUUCGAUAUUUCUAAUCAACUCUUCAGUUCUAUCAGACAAAUAUUAAGUUGAUUUAAGAGAUGGUUUUAUAUUAUUGUGGGUGACGGGAAAUUCGAAAUAUAAUUUACAUAUUUUUUUUGACAAAGGUUAUGCAAUAUAUUAUGUACUCAUAUCUUAAUCUUAGUGUGCCUAAUAGAUUCUUAGUAAGAAAGAUGCAUUUCAAUAGCUUCGAUCAGUCGAUCUGGAUUUUGUCAAGUUGGAAAUUAUCCUUGUUCGUGGAAUGAGGAUAAUUUUCUCUAGAUUUUAUGGUUUACUUAAGAACAAUUGAAUACAAAAUUUAUUGUGCCGAUAUUAGUGAUAAGUUCGAUGUCUAGCCUUAGCUUUUCCUUAAGAAAGGAUUAUUUAAGUUAUGGAAGCAAUAAUGCAUGGCUUAGAUGUUUCAAAACGAUAUUAUAAUCGAUAACAAAUAUUUUGUAAUAAUUAUAUUUAAAAAGUACAUAUUUAUGUUUUUUGUAUGUAAUUUAUGUAAAUAAUAUAUUGUCGAUCGACAAUA